AUGGGACUAAAUCCAGGAAAAUUUACGCUACAAGGUACAAACACUUAUCUUGUUGGAGCGGGCAACCGAAAAGUUUUAAUUGAUUGUGGAGAUGGGCAACCAGACUAUGUUCCUCUAUUGAUUGAAUCACUUAGAUCUAUUCACCCUGAAGCAUAUAUAUCUGAUAUUAUCAUCAGCCAUUGCCAUACUGACCAUUGGGGUGGGCUUCCACAUAUUAUGUCGUCUAAGUUAAAUCAAAACAAGUCUCCCGAUACAAACAAAGAUAUACAUCAAUUUAUUAAAAUACAUAAAUAUCCUCUGAAAGAUAUGAAUGGUAUCUAUAAGCACUUUCAUAAGGAAUUACAGACAUCGCUUCCAAAGAACAUCACUUUAAAUGAUUUAAAAGAUAAUCAAUUAAUAAAAGUAGAUGAAAAUACUCACAUCCAGGUUAUUCAUACGCCAGGACAUGCCAAAGAUCACUGCGCAUUUUAUUUAGAUGAAGAAGAUACAGUGUUUACUGCAGAUUGCAUUUUAGGCCAUGGAAGUGUUGCAUUUGAAGACUUAACGGAGUAUGUUCAUAGUUUAAAUAAAAUUCAAGCCUUAAAUCCUUCACGUUUGUUUCCUGGACAUGGUGAUGUUGUAAAUAAUGGCAUGGAAAAAAUAGAGCAAUAUUUGGCACUACGGAUGGCAAAAGAAAAACAAAUUUUAGAUUUAAUGUUGAAGGAUACUAGCCAAACAUGGACAGCAAUAGAGUUAGUAGAAGCUACCAGUUUGGCACUAAAUAGAGAAUAUAAUAAUGAGGAAUUGAUAGCUGUAGUCGUACGCGCCAUGGGAUUACAUCUUAUUAAAUUAUAUUUUGAUGGGAGAGUAGAGAUGGUUGAUGAUGAAAAGUUUAAGAAAGAAGUUGGUAUAGAUCCUUAUGACGCUAAUAAUGUAUUUACGAUUGUUAAUCAAAAAUGGAAAUAUAUUAAUAAUGGCGGCAAUUCUAGUAAACUAUAA